CUCCCGUCCCGGCGGCCCGUGCGGGCGGGCGCGCGCGGCGCGGCAGGGCAGGCAUGUUCCGCAUCGAGGGGCUGGGGCCCAAGAUGGACCCCGAGGAGAUGAAGCGGAAGAUGCGCCGCGACGUCCUCACCUCCGUCCGCAACUUCGUCAUCUAUGUGGCGCUGCUGCGGAUUACUCCUUUCAUCCUGAAGAAGCUGGACAGUAUAUGAACACUUAAGAAGACUCAAGUGUAUGAAAACGUGGACUGUAGCUGCUUUUCCAUGUUUGUUAAUUAAGCAUUGUGCCAGAGGCAGACAUCACAUACUAAAAAGGUUCUAAAAUGUUUCACUUAACCAUAUCUGACCUAAGAGUGAUAGCCUAAUUGGGAGUAUGGGGAAGAUGUCUGUUGUCCCUGCAAGUGAAUUCUAGGCACAGAAUACUCCCUGGUGUCAUCAGGCAACAACUUGUGAUGGAACGUUCCGUGUACUGUUGAGUCCAUCUCCAUUUCUACGAAGCACUAGCGAGUUUGCGUUGUUGUGCAGCUGCCUCCAGACUGCCACAUGCUACGGCUAUCGACCUUACUGAACCUGUCUGUUUGGAAAGUGGAAUCUUUAAUGACUCCAGUUCACAACCAGUUUGAUUAUAAAUAAAUGGAAGAGCAGUUGUGUCACUUAA